ACCCUGCAAUUCUGUUCAAUCCGAAAGCCCUCACAAUUUACAUUAAGUGUAUCUUUGUCUUCCCGGACUCGCAUUCACUAUAUCCCUCUCCGGACCCGCAUUCACUAUAUCCGCUCUCCCCGGACCCCGCAUUCACUAUAUCCGCUCUCCCCGGACCCUGCAUUCACUAUAUCCGCUCUCCCCGGACCCCGCAUUCACUAUAUCCGCUCUCCCCGGACCCCGCAUUCACUAUAUCCGCUCUCCCCGGACCCCGCGCAUUCACUAUAUCCGCUCUCCCGGACCCCGCAUUCACUAUAUCCGCUCUCCCCGGACCCCGCAUUCACUAUAUCCGCUCUCCCCGGACCCCGCAUUCACUAUAUCCGCUCUCCCCGGACCCGCAUUCACUAUAUCCGCUCUCCCCGGACCCACGCAUUCACUAUAUCCGCUCUCCCCGGACCCCCGCAUUCACUAUAUCCGCUCUCC